GCUGGCGGCGCCGUCGUGGUCGCUGGCGGCGCCGCGGGCAGCGUCUGCGCGGGCGGCGCCGUCGUGGUCGCCGGCGGCGGCGGCGGCGGCGCCGUCGUCGUGGUCGCGGGCGGCGUGGGCGCGUCGGAGGGCUUGGCCGUCGGCGCGUCGGAGGGCUUGGCCGUGGGCGCGUCGGACGGCUUGGCCGACGGCGCGUCGGAGGGCGUGGCCGACGGCGCGUCGGAGGGCGUGGCCGACGGGGCGUCGGAGGGCGUGGCCGACGGGGCGUCGGAGGGCGUGGCCGACGGCGCGUCGGAGGGCGUGGCCGACGGGGCGUCGGAGGGCGUGGCCGACGGGGCGUCGGAGGGCGUGGCCGUGGGCGCGUCGGAGGGCGUGGCCGACGGAGCGUCGGAGGGCUUGGCCGUCGGCGCGUCGGAGGGCGUGGCGGUGGGGGCGUCGGAGGGCGUGGCCGUCGGAGCGUCGGAGGGCGUGGCCGACGGCGCGUCGGAGGGCGUGGCCGACGGCGCGUCGGAGGGCGUGGCCGACGGC